CAUCCUCACCAAGUCAAACCUAAUGGAGCAGGAGAUCCUCGCCACAGAGGAAGAGCUAGCCGACUUCGCUGCCGGUAGCGUCACAUGCAUCUCACCAACUCUGGAGAAGGUUUUGCUGGAAAUGCGCCUAACGGGCGUGCCGUGCUACGCCUGGGCACAUCUCAAGGUGCUUCUAUUGGCCAAACUGCAGCUGCAACUCGACACAAUGGACGGCGACGCCGCCAGCAAGGGCCGUCGUGCCAGUGUCACGCAGCUGCUCCAGACCUUCGAGAGUCCGCCCUUCACGCUGCAAAGACUCACCGAGAUCAUCCUAGAGCCGCAUCGCAGCUACCGUAGUCUCCCCAAGCUGCUUAACGCACUGGAGAAGCUGCUAGCCGUGAGCUCUACUAUCCAAGUGGUGGAUCCUCGCACAGCCCAAGCCAUCAUGCAACAGUUCCAGAACCCGGGACCACUCGAGAUCGACUCACCUAUUGCUCGGCCAAUAGUAGACGGCGACGUGGUCACUCGUGUGCCCUGGACCGGCACCGAAGCUGCUGCCUAAAAGCGUAGACAGCUUACCUUUUUUUCUAUUUCUCCUUAAUCUAAACAACUUUUUUAAUACACUAAUACAAAUAAAAUAAA